CUUACAAGCAGCAAUGCAAGUCGUCGCGUUAGCUCAACAACAUUCACAUAUAACCGCUACUUUACCUAUAUAUGUAGUAUCUGCAUAACUGAGAGAAGCAAGAAAACGGAUUCUGACAGCGCGAAAACAGCGUGAAAAGUGUGAUAAGAAACAUCUGAUAAUGUACACAAGCAAGCGCGAAUAUUUUCGCGGAAUAUUUUAUCAAUAAAUGAAGUGAUAACAACAAAGUCAAAAACAAAAACAUACACAGUGGAAAUAAAGCAAUAUAUACAUACAUAAGAGAUGCAUCGAAGCGAAAAUGGAAAAAUCUACGCGACAGUUACACCAAAUAUUUGCGUUCUUUUCGGAUCGGUACGAAAACAUCGAAGAAAUAUCAGUAUUGGGCCCAUGCCGAUCAUAUGGAUUUUCUGAAACCUUAUCAGGGACCCGGCAGCAUUUCGGCCUUUGGCCAUUCUUUCAGACAUUCGAAUGGCAACUCGAAUAGUAGCAACAGUCAUAAAACAAAUGAGGAUACCGAGGAUACAGAGUGUGAUUUCGGUUUUCAAGUAUUGACCAAGGCGGCAGCUACGAACUCUUCAUCGGAUGAUGAUAUAAAAUUUAAUACCACAGCUACAAUGCCAACAAGCACAACGGUACAAACGCCAGCAGCGCCAGCACCACCACCGCCGCCACCGCCAACGUCACAAACAACAGUAGCGACCAUUCCACCAGCUGUAUGCAGCACGAUAACAAAUACAACGCUGACAGCUGUACCAACAACACACAAUCCGAUUCCCGCACACUUUCCUAUCACAGCAAUGGUUUCAGUACCGGCAGCAUCAGCUGCUUUUUCGCCCAACAAUUCGGCUGCAAUUAAUUGCAUUGCACCGAGUAAUAAUAUUGCAGCAACAGCCGCCGCCGCUUCGGUUGCAGCGCUCACUAAUAACUGUAGUGGUGCGCCAGCGGUGACCGCAACAGCCGGUGCACUUGUGCUGCCAGUGCCAUCAUUGCCGACUGUACAAUUACCACCCGUACAGCCGAUGAACAAACCGCUUUUGGGUCCGAUCUCGACUAUGGGACCUACCAAUAUGCCACCAGCCCAGAUAUUUCCCUUGCCUCCACUGGCAAAUGUACCAAAACCGACAGCACUGAUGCCGGCUAGCAGCGCUGCCAGUAGUGUGGGUUGCUUAAUUAUCGAACCACAAUUGUUUGCCUCGGCAGACACGUUCAAGAAGGAGCUAAGCGCUCCAACUAUUGGUUUAUUCCAUAAUAUAACAUCAGCCGCAACGACUACCGCCUCUACGGCACGCAUCAAUCCACCGCUAAUAUCGAAAAUACGUCGUGUGCAGCCAUCGCCACAAACAGCGGCGAUUAAUCUGAGCUUUAGUGCAACACAAGCACAACAAACGGCGAAUAACAACAGCAGCAACAAUAACAAUACGCUUAAUAAUAGCAACAAUAAUAAUUGUGGUCAACCGCCACCGGCGAAAGUGCGUAAAACCAGUGAUCGUGCUGAGGUCGAUAUUUCAGCAAUAUUGCAAGCAAAUCGCGACUUAGAUGCUAAUACGUUAUUUUUCCUCAGUCUGGCGCGUAUGGUACGCGCAAUGCCAACCAAAUUCCAAUCGCUUGCAAAAAUGCGUUGCAUGCGUAUUGUGAGCGACAUAGAAUUGGAGCUGGAGAAUGUAAAUGAAUGUGGUGGUAUGCCAUCACACGAUGAUUCACACGCUGGCAAAUUUUGUAGCAUAGAUUCGUCGCCUUCACCACCGGAUGGCGCAACCAUAAUACCAAGUAAUCCAGUGUCAGACAGCGGACCAACAGAGCACUUCGUUUAUGUGAUGUCGCCAUCACGUGUGGAGAGUAUGAUUGAUAUUUCAUCCGACGAAGAUGGCACCAUGAAUGGCAAUUAAUUGGGUACAAAUAUACAUAUAACUCAAUAAA